AUGAUUUUAGAUGUUACAUAGAGAACUGAGCCAUAUACAACUAAUUUUCGAGUAUCAAAAGAGUAACUGUGUUAAGUGGCUUAUGCAUGUUAAGAAAGGACAUUCACAGAAGAGAUAGAUCAAUUAGAAGAAUUAGGAGGACAAGAAUUUUUAGAGGUUUUAGAAAGUUUUAACUUUAGAUGGCUUUAUGCUCUAAUUAUAAGAAUGGAUUAUUAUUAAAUGAUGUAAGUUUGAGGGAACAGAAUUUUGGACAUAAUCGUAAACCACUAAUUCUUCCAAAAUCUUAUUGUUAAUUAUUAUGGGGUGCUUUGGAAGAUUUUACUAUGAGGAUACUCUGUUUAGCUGCACUAGUGAGUAUUGCAGUUGAUGUGGCUACUGCAUCAUCAGAUUAUCGUGCUUAUGCAUGGAUAGAGGGUAAAACUAUUGAAAUGUAAGAGUGCUAGGUUUUGCAAUUCUAGUGGCAGUUAUAAUAUCAACAAAUGCUAAUGCAAUUAAUGAUUAUUAAAAGGAGAAAUAGUUUCAAAAGUUAAAUGCAGUAGCAGAUGAACGAAAAAGAGUUACAGUAAUAAGAAAUGGAUAGAAAUGUGAUAUUCAUAUGAGUGAAGUAAUGGUUGGAGAUAUUGUAAUGAUAUUUGAAGGAAUGGAAAUACCAGCUGAUGGUCUAGUACUUGAAGCCUCAGAUCUAACAGCUGAUGAAUCAGCAAUGACAGGAGAAACUGAUCCUAUAAAAAAGAAUACAUUAGCAUAUUGUUUAGCUAAAAGAAAUCAAACUGAUUCAGCUACAGCUGGACAUCAUGAAGUUCCAUCUCCUAUUAUGAUGAGUGGUACAAGAGUUUUAACAGGAGAAGGUAAAAUGAUUAUUUUAGUGGUUGGAGAUUUAUCAUGUGCAGGUAAAAUUAGUGCUUUACUUCGUUAAGAUGAACCAGAAGGUAAUUUUAAUUUAUUACUAUAUUAGCUACUCCUUUAUAAGUCAAAUUAGCUGCUAUUGCUGAAGAUAUAGGUAGAUUUGGAUUGUAUAGUGCAAUCUUAAUAGUUAUUGUUAUGUGUAUAAGAUUUGCAGUUGAAAAGGCAUAAAUUGAAUGGGAAAACAAAUAUAUUGUAGAGAUAGUCAAUUUCUUUAUUAUUGGAAUUACAGUUAUUGUAGUAGCCAUUCCUGAAGGAUUACCUUUGGCAGUAACUCUCUCUUUAGCAUAUUCAACUAAAUAGAUGUUGAGAGAUUAAAAUUUAGUAAGGAAAAUGGCAGCAUGUGAAACUAUGGGAGGAGCAUCUAUGAUAUGUUCUGAUAAAACUGGUACUUUAACUCAAAAUAAGAUGACUCUUGUUAAUAUUUGGAAUGAAAAUAUUAUUGAAUUGGAAGCUUAUUAAACUUGCAAUUUGAAUGAUUAUCUACCUUAAUAAUUAGCAGAUAUUUUUAUAUAAUCAGCUAUUGUAAAUUCAAGUGCAAUGCUUAGACCAGAACCUAAAGGAUCUAAGACUGAAAUCUCAUUUCUUGAAUUUAUGGAUAGAUGUUAAAAGCCUUAUGAAGAAUAUAGAGAAAAAUAUCCAAUUAUAGUUAAGUAUCCAUUUAGUAGUUAAAGAAAGAGAAUGUCAAUGAUUUUAGAUGUUGGUGGAUAGUAAAGAUUAGUAUGCAAAGGAGCUUCAGAAAUGGUAUUAGCAGCAUGUACCUAAUUUCAUUCAAAAUAAAAUGGAGUCAUAACAAUUAAUUCUAAGGUUGUUGAAGAUGCAAUUGAAAGUAUGGCAAAGAAAGCAUUAAGAACAAUAUGUUUGGCAUAUAAGAAUAUCCCUAAUAAUGCUGAUUUGACUAGUAAAGAUGAUAAAGGUGUUUAUAAUAUAGAAUAAAAUGACUUGGUUUUAUUAGCAGUCUUAGGCAUUAAAGAUAUUAUUAGAUAAGAAGUACCUAGAGCUAUUUAAUUAUGUAAGUAAGCUGGAAUCAAAGUCAGAAUGGUAACCGGUGAUAAUAUAACUACAGCAAAGGCUAUUGCAAUUGAAUGUGGAAUCAUUACUAAUCCUGAGGAUAGUAUAGUAAUGGAAGGACCAGAAUUUGUUAGAAGAAUUGGAGGUGUUGUUUGUAAGAAUUGUCAUCCAGAAAAUUGUAAUUGUGUUAGGGAUAGUUAGACAGCUUAAAGAGAAGGCAAAAAAUUAAGAAUUGACACUAUUGCUAAUCCUGAAGAGUUUGAUAAAAUAUAUCCAAAUCUAGAUGUUUUAGCUCGUAGUAGACCAGAGGAUAAAUAUGCCUUAGUAACUGGUUUAAUUGAAAGAAAUCAUGUUGUUGCUGUAACAGGAGAUGGAACUAAUGAUGCUCCUGCUCUAAAAAAAGCAGAUGUUGGAUUUGCUAUGGGAGUUUCAGGAACUGAAGUAGCUAGAGAGGCUGCAGCUAUAAUUUUAUUAGAUGACAAUUUCAAUUCAAUAGUUAAGGCUGUUAUGUGGGGGAGAAAUGUGUAUGAUAACAUAAAGAAGUUUCUUAGAUUUUAAUUAACUGCUAAUUUAGUAAGUGUAUCAUUGACAUUAAUUGGGGCUGCAGUAUUAAGAUAAGAAAUACUAAAACCAAUUUAAUUGUUAUGGGUUAAUUUAAUAAUGGAUACUUUAGGUUCUUUGGCUUUGGCAACAGAACCUCCAUCUGAGAAACUGUUAAAUCGUAAACCUCAUGAUAGAAAUGAAUACAUUAUUUCAAAAAAAAUGUUUAAGUUUAUAGUAGGAACUGCUCUAAUUUAAGUAGGUGUUGUACUUGUCAUAGUUUUUUUAGGUGAUAAAUUUCUACCUGAAUAUAAAGAUGCAUAUGAUACAAGUGUAUUUAGUGGUCCAAAAAUAAGAUUUAAAUACAGUAAUCAUAAUUGUGUUACUGAUUUUGAAUCAUUAAAAUCAUUAGGAUUAACUAAACUAAAUUAUACAUAAUCUACUGAUAAUCCAGAUGAUUCUGAUAAAUGUUUAAAAACUUAAUGUGUCUGUUAAAAUGAAGAAUGUUAUGAAAUUUAAUGUCCUCCUUGUCUUUAUAAUUAAGAUUCAUGUUCAAUUGUUGCUAGUGGAAGAUUAAUGACAGUUUAAGGAGAUUAAGAUUAUUACAUUAUGUACAAUAUUGAACAUGAAGGAAGUAGACAUGUAAUUAAUAUUAUUUAAUAUAUUUAGUUUACUUAUGUAUUUAAUGUAUUUAUCAUGUUAUAAUUGUUUAAUUUCUUAAAUAGUAGAAGGAUUACUGAUGAAAUUAAUUUCCUUGACAAUAUUACAAAUCAUUCUGCUUUCCUAAUAAUAGUUCCUUUCAUAUUCUGCAUUUAAGUAUUAAUGGUUACUUUUGGAUCUGGUGCUAUUGGACUUUAUAGUUGUUAUGGAUUAUAAAUAAAAUAAUGGUUGAUUGGAAUUGGAUUUGGUAGUAUCUCAUUAUUAGGAUGUCUAAUCCUUANGUUGUUUGUAAGAAUUGUCAUCCAGAAAAUUGUAAUUGUGUUAGGGAUAGUUAGACAGCUUAAAGAGAAGGCAAAAAAUUAAGAAUUGACACUAUUGCUAAUCCUGAAGAGUUUGAUAAAAUAUAUCCAAAUCUAGAUGUUUUAGCUCGUAGUAGACCAGAGGAUAAAUAUGCCUUAGUAACUGGUUUAAUUGAAAGAAAUCAUGUUGUUGCUGUAACAGGAGAUGGAACUAAUGAUGCUCCUGCUCUAAAAAAAGCAGAUGUUGGAUUUGCUAUGGGAGUUUCAGGAACUGAAGUAGCUAGAGAGGCUGCAGCUAUAAUUUUAUUAGAUGACAAUUUCAAUUCAAUAGUUAAGGCUGUUAUGUGGGGGAGAAAUGUGUAUGAUAACAUAAAGAAGUUUCUUAGAUUUUAAUUAACUGCUAAUUUAGUAAGUGUAUCAUUGACAUUAAUUGGGGCUGCAGUAUUAAGAUAAGAAAUACUAAAACCAAUUUAAUUGUUAUGGGUUAAUUUAAUUAUGGAUACUUUAGGUUCUUUGGCUUUGGCAACAGAACCUCCAUCUGAGAAACUGUUAAAUCGUAAACCUCAUGAUAGAAAUGAAUACAUUAUUUCAAAAAAAAUGUUUAAGUUUAUAGUAGGAACUGCUCUAAUUUAAGUAGGUGUUGUACUUGUCAUAGUUUUUUUAGGUGAUAAAUUUCUACCUGAAUAUAAAGAUGCAUAUGAUACAAGUGUAUUUAGUGGUCCAAAAAUAAGAUUUAAAUACAGUAAUCAUAAUUGUGUUACUGAUUUUGAAUCAUUAAAAUCAUUAGGAUUAACUAAACUAAAUUAUACAUCAUCUACUGAUAAUCCAGAUGAUUCUGAUAAAUGUUUAAAAACUUAAUGUGUCUGUUAAAAUGAUGAAUGUUAUGAAAUUUAAUGUCCUCCUUGUCUUUAUAAUGAAGAUUCAUGUUCAAUUGUUGCUAGUGGAAGAUUAAUGACAGUUUAAGGAGAUUAAGAUUAUUACAUUAUGUACAAUAUUGAACAUGAAGGAAGUAGACAUGUAAUUAAUAUUAUUUAAUAUAUUUAGUUUACUUAUGUAUUUAAUGUAUUUAUCAUGUUAUAAUUGUUUAAUUUCUUAAAUAGUAGAAGGAUUACUGAUGAAAUUAAUUUCCUUGACAAUAUUACAAAUCAUUCUGCUUUCCUAAUAAUAGUUCCUUUCAUAUUCUGCAUUUAAGUAUUAAUGGUUACUUUUGGAUCUGGUGCUAUUGGACUUUAUAGUUGUUAUGGAUUAUAAAUAAAAUAAUGGUUGAUUGGAAUUGGUUUUGGUAGUAUCUCAUUAUUAGGAUGUCUAAUCCUUAAAUUAAUUCCAGAAGAUAAUUUUUGUAAAUAGCUUUAACCCCAAAAGAUUGUACCUAUCUAACAAGAAGUCAAAAUCUCUUAAUAAAAAGUUGAAUAAAGUGAAAAUGCUCUUGCAAAACAUUAUAAUUCUAUAUCAAGACAUCCAGAUCAAUGA